AUGGCUCCAGCUGCUGUGUCAACUCCAUCGCUCGAUUCCAGUUCCGCUCCGCUCGCAAAGACAAUGUCAAAAGUACAGUCUACAGCCAAACUCCGUGAUGCCCCAGUCAUCGACCUCUACUCAGGUAGCGCCGGCAGUCUUUCGAGCACCUCAACCGAUGACCAGCUGCGUCUCGAGAUCAUCUCUGGGCUUCAAUCCAAUCAGCUCGUUAUUCCUGGCAAGGAGAACGACCCGGAAGAUCUUAAGUGUUCCUACACAAAGACCUUGCCCACCACCAUUCUCUAUGACGAGCAAGGCCUCAUUCUCUAUGACAAGCUCACCGCAGCUCCCGAGUACUACCUCUACAAUGCCGAGCUACAGAUCCUCAAGGACUACGCACCCGAAAUAGCGCUGAGGAUCUUUGGUCAUCCUACGACUGCCUCUGAACAGUCGUCCACGACUAACGCCGGACAGACAGAAGAGCCCAAACUGGAUCAGGACCAAGUUCCGAACCAAGACACCUUGCCGCCUCAGCGAGAUGCAAGCGCCUCAAAGAAGGAGAAAUGGGGCGACAGCAAAGUAGGUAGAUUCAAUGGAGGUGUCAAUGCCGAAGAAGGCCUCGAUGGCGAUCGAGCCAUCGGAGCCGGUUCUCUCGUCGAGCUCGGCGCAGGUUCGCUCAAGAAGACGAUCCAUCUUUUGCGUGCGCUCAAACUUCUCCCUGCGCUUCCUGCAGGCGGACCUAGCGUCCAUUACUACGCUCUCGACCUCGAUAAGGCCGAACUAGAGCGUACAUUGCGCGACCUACGCGAGCAAGAGGCCAUCAGCGGCGAUCAAGAUGCAUGGACCAUCCACGGCGGCAAAGUCGGCAUCAAUGGCUUGUGGGCUACGUACGAUGCUGGUCUCGAUUUCAUCGGCAAAGGCGGUCUUCAUGCUCAGUCCACCGCUGCUGGUGCUCAAAAGCAAGGUUGCCGAUGUCUCCUCUGGCUCGGCUCAAGUAUCGGCAACUUUGACCGCAAGUCUGCCGCCGAGUUCCUCGCCAAGACAGCCCGCGACAGCAUGCGACCUGGCGACACCAUGCUAAUCUCGAUCGAUCGCCGCAACAAACCGGCCGACGUCGCUCUAGCCUACAACGACCCUGCCGGCCUCACUCGGGACUUCAUCAUGAACGGUCUUGAGCACGCUGAUCGAGCGCUCGGCGGCAAUGCCAUCGACCAUCGCAAGUUUGAGUACUUUGACCGCUAUAACGCUCGCGAAGGUCGUCAUGAGUCCUACUACCGUGCCAAGCAGGCUCACGAGAUUCGAAUCGCUGGCUUGACGGAGCCUAUCAAGAUUGAGAAGGAUGAACUCAUCCACAUGGAAGCGAGUUACAAGUUCGGAGAGCGUGAGGCCCUCAACCUCUUCGACUACGCCGGACUCCGUGUCAUCCAUCGUUGGAGCGACCACACCGAUCGAUACGACAUCUGGCUCGUCGAGAAGCCUAGCUUCCACUUCUCCAACUCUGCAGCCGAGCCUCUCUCGCUCUCAGUGACACAGACGUCACAGGAGCAGACAAGCCAAGAUCAAGCUCUGGCAAAGAUCGACAAUGGCUGGGGUGGCAGUAACUUGGACGAGGUCGCCCAAAGGGCUGCUCUGAUUGGUCUGCCCAGUCUGCGAGACUGGAAAACGGUCUGGGAUGCUUGGAACUGCGUCACCUUGACCAUGAUCCCUCAAGACAAACUGCAUGAGAAGCCAAUCGAUCUUCGUCACAUUUGCUUGUUCUACCUUGGUCACAUCCCAGCUUUUAUCGACAUUCACGUAGCGACCUAUCUGAAGCAGCCUCACACCAAUGAUCGCUUCUCUGCCAUCUUCGAACGCGGAAUCGACCCUCACAUGGACGACGUCACCCAUUGCAACCCACACAGCGAGGUCCCCACCUGCGAAGAAGACUGGCCUACGCUGGAUGAGAUCCUCGAGUAUCAGCAAAAGGUGCAGUCACGAGUUAAGCAGGUCUACGAAGACGUUGCCCGAGGUGAUCUCGUCAUGAACCGCAGGCUCGCAAGAAUGCUCUGGAUGACGCUCGAACACAUCAAUCUUCACCUCGAGACGCUGUUGUACAUGCUGAUUCAGUCUCCCAACACCAAACCCCCUGCUGGCUUCAUGGCGCCUGACUGGCCUUCUCUGAAGGAGCGAUGGCAGGCAGAAUUUGAGAAGCGUGGUGGCAGUCGUGCUUUGGAGCAAUGCUUCCACUUUGAAGCAUCAACUGUGGAGCUUGGCCACGAUGAUGACGACACACAAGAUUUUGACAUUGUUGCUGCUCGUCCGACCAGCGACGUUCGGGAUCUCAACAUGCAGCUCGGUCAGCCCGAGUUUGGAUGGGAUAACGAGCAUCCUCGACGAAGCGUCGAAACCAAGGCUUUUUCGAUCUCGGCUAUGCCCAUCUCUAACGCUCAGUACUUGGAAUUCCUCAAGGCAACCAACAUCGAAGAAGCUCCGGCCUCGUGGGUCAAGAGCGACGAUGGCGAAGGCUACAUGGUUCGUACCUUCUAUGGCCCCGUUGACAUGGCAGUGGCUCAACACUGGCCUGUUCAGGCUUCUGGCAAGCAGCUUUCGGCUUAUGCUGCUUGGAAGGGUGGUCGACUCCCCACCCAUGCCGAGCUGCGCAAAUUCAUGGAUACCCCUCCUGAGGCGCUGGUCCUCGAUCUUAACGUGCCACCUUUCCACCGCGAUGCAGCGGUAAAAGUUGAGACAGAGGACAACGACAUUGAUCCUCCUGGCAAGCAGGCUGCCCCUGUCCGAGGCUCAGCUGUUCGAUACAUUCCACCAGAGGAGCAGUCUGAAGAAGAUCUCAAGUGGAUGCGAGAAGCGCUCGCAAUGGCGCAAGAAGCUCUCGAUGCCAACGAGGUUCCCGUUGGCGGUGUCUUUGUUCGCAAGGGCAAGAUCAUUGCUCGUGGUCGUAACCGCACCAACGAGCUGCUCAACGCUACCAGACAUGCAGAGCUUGAAGCGAUCGAUCACAUUCUUUCCGAGUUGCCACCUUCCUCUGCUGACUUUGCAGUGUCUCCUCACUCGGGGCCUGAAGGCGAUAACCCGUUCAAGGAUACAACGCUCUACGUCACCAUUGAGCCAUGCAUCAUGUGCGGUGCUGCGCUGAGACAGAUCGGGAUUCAGCGCGUUGUAUUUGGUGCUGGUAACGAACGCUUUGGCGGCAAUGGUAGUGUGCUUGGUCUUCACGACGAUGAUGCAAUUGUCAGUUCGCCAGGCUACGAGUCGGUGGGUGGAUACUUGCGCGACGAAGCGAUCAUGAUGCUCCGUCGUUUUUACGUUACGGAGAACACCAAUGCUCCUAAGCCGCAGAACAAGUCUCGUAGAGUGCUCAAGACCGAGAUUCAUCCACCUGGAAUCUCGAUGCAUGGUCCAGGUACGGAUUCUUCUCAGCAGCAGCUGGGUACCACCAAGCACAGAGGCUCGCAAAACCCAACACAGGGUCAAGCAGCGCCCUCAUCCAACGUUGGCUUCCGUAACUGGCAUCCUGUUCCUGCCACUUUGCCUCGUUACGACUCGGACGGCACUCUGCUUCCAGGACACAAUGGUGGUGUGUGGGAAUGGACCAGUACGGUGUUUGGCGAGUACAAAGGGUUCCAGUCGUCUGCGCUGUACCCAGGAUACAGCUCGGACUUCUUUGAUGGCAAGCACAGCGUGGUUUUGGGUGGCAGCUUUGCUACUGCUCCUUCUAUUGCUGGUCGAAGGACUGUUGUCAACUAUUACCAGACUGCUUAUCCUUACAUCUUUGGCGGUGGUAGGGUUGCUUGGGACAAGUGA